AUGGACGGCGAUGACCGAUUCAACGGUCCAGAUCAGAAACGGUCGACGGAUGCCAAGCAGUUCGACGGAGUGACAGCACAGCCGACACUGGAACGCCACUCGACAUAUGACGCUGUCUCUGCUGCUCCUGAACCUGCCUCUGCCUCUUCCUUUUCCUCUCCCUCUUCCCACCCGGCUCGCACUGCCAACGACUCUCACCGCGCCUCGUCCAGUCAACAUCUCUCUUCCUCCCCAUCCUCCUCCUCCCCGUCCUCCUCUUCCUCCUCUCCCUCACUCUCCCCCCUUCCGUCGCUCUCUCCCUCCCCGCAUCCCACGCUCCUCCUACCGGCCGUCUCCUCCUCUCUGGCCCCGGCAUUGGCCGCGCUCGUAGCCCACCAAGUCAUCGCCGUCCCCACCGACACCAUCUACGGCUUUGCUGCUGAUGCGCGGUCAGCAGAGGGGAUCGCGCGCAUCUACAAGAUCAAGGGCCGGGAUUUCAACAAGCCUCUGGCGAUCGCCGUUGCUGACAUUGCUGACGUGGCAGUGUAUGCAGAGACGGAGCACCUGCCGCCCGGGCUGCUGCCGGCGCUGCUGCCAGGCCCAGUCACUCUUGUGCUGCCCCACCGUCCCACCUCCCCCAUACACCCCUCGCUCACCCGCACGGUCCCCUCCAUCGCGGUCCGCAUCCCAGACUCCCCUUUCAUCCGCUCACUAGCGCGCCUCCUCGCCGCGCCGCUCGCCCUCACCUCCGCCAACCUCUCAGGCCAUCCAUCCGCCAUAGCAGCAGGGGAGUUCAGAGCAUUGUGGGGGAUGUGUGCCGCGGUGGUGGAUGGGGGGGAGCAAGGGGAGGAAAUGCGGCAAGGGUCUACAAUUGUCGAGCUGGUGGUGCCGGGGCGGUUCAGAGUGAUUCGGCCGGGCAGUGCUCUUCCGGCUACGCUCGCCACGCUCCAUCGCUUCAACCUGGAGGAGUCGCUCUCGUGA